CAGGUCUCAGAAGGGGAUGAUUCCCCAGUAGGAGUCCCUGUCCGGCUCCAAGGUGCCGCUUGGCCCCCCCAACCUGGGAAGACUGCUUCUUGUGUGACGCCAGCCUGUCGAAGAGACCCCAAUGGACUUACACCGGGCAGCCUUCAAGAUGGAGAACUCGUCCUACCUCCCCAACCCUCUGGCCUCCCCAGCACUGAUGGUUUUGGCGUCCACAGCCGAGGCCAGCCGGGAUGCGUCCAUCCCUUGUCAGCAGCCACGACCCUUUGGCGUACCCGUCUCGGUAGACAAGGACGUACACAUCCCAUUCACCAAUGGCUCCUACACCUUUGCCUCUAUGUACCAUCGGCAAGGUGGGGUGCCAGGCACCUUUGCCAACCGUGAUUUCCCACCUUCCUUACUGCACCUCCACCCUCAAUUUGCUCCCCCAAAUCUAGAUUGCACCCCAAUCAGUAUGCUGAAUCACAGUGGUGUCGGGGCUUUCCGUCCCUUUGCCUCCACUGAGGACCGGGAGAGCUAUCAGUCUGCCUUCACGCCAGCCAAGCGACUUAAGAACUGCCAUGACACAGAGUCACCCCACUUGCGCUUCUCAGAUGCAGAUGGCAAGGAAUAUGACUUUGGGACACAGCUGCCAUCUAGCUCCCCCGGCUCGCUUAAAGUGGACGACACUGGGAAGAAGAUUUUCGCGGUCUCUGGCCUCAUUUCAGAUCGGGAAGCCUCAUCUAGCCCAGAAGAUCGGAAUGACAGAUGUAAGAAGAAGGCAGCAGCAUUGUUUGACAGCCAGGCCCCCAUUUGCCCCAUCUGCCAGGUCCUGCUGAGGCCCAGCGAGCUGCAGGAGCACAUGGAGCAGGAGCUUGAACAGCUGGCCCAACUGCCUGCCAGCAAGAAUUCCCUUCUGAAGGAUGCCAUGACUCCAGGCACUCCCAAGUCCCUCCUGCUGUCUGCCUCCAUCAAGCGGGAAGGAGAGUCUCCCACGGCCUCACCACACUCCUCCGCCACUGACGACCUGCACCACUCGGACAGAUACCAGACCUUCCUGCGAGUGCGAGCCAACCGGCAGACCCGACUGAAUGCUCGGAUUGGGAAAAUGAAACGGAGGAAGCAAGAUGAAGGGCAGAGGGAAGGCUCCUGCAUGGCUGAGGAGGAUGCUGUGGACAUCGAGCAUGAGAACAGCAACCGCUUUGAGGAGUAUGAGUGGUGUGGACAGAAGCGGAUACGAGCCACCACUCUUCUGGAAGGUGGUUUCCGAGGCUCCGGCUUCGUCAUGUGCAGCGGCAAAGAGAACCCUGACAGUGAUGCGGACUUGGAUGUGGAUGGGGAUGACACUCUGGAGUACGGGAAGCCACAAUACACGGAAGCUGAUGUUAUUCCCUGCACAGGCGAGGAACCUGGGGAAGCCAAGGAGAGAGAAGCACUCAGGGGCGCAGUCCUAAAUGGUGGCCCUCCCAGCACCCGCAUCACGCCUGAGUUCUCUAAAUGGGCCAGUGAUGAGAUGCCGUCCACCAGCAACGGUGAGAGCAGCAAGCAGGAUGCCAUGCAGAAGACCUGCAAGAACAGCGACAUCGAGAAAAUCACUGAAGACUCGGCUGUGACCACAUUUGAGGCCCUGAAGGCCCGGGUCAGGGAGCUGGAACGACAGCUAUCUCGUGGGGACCGUUACAAAUGCCUCAUCUGCAUGGACUCCUACUCAAUGCCCCUAACGUCCAUCCAGUGUUGGCACGUGCACUGCGAGGAGUGCUGGCUGCGGACCCUGGGUGCCAAGAAGCUGUGUCCUCAGUGCAACACGAUCACAGCGCCCGGAGACCUGCGGAGGAUCUACUUGUGAGCCAGCCAGCCCGGCAGCCUGGCCUUGGGCGGCCCCACCCGCCCCAGCCUCUGCAGCAGGGACUCGUUCCUCUUGUACAUACUUGCACACAGGCUCCCCUUGUACAUACAUGCACAUACUCACACGUGUACACGCAGGACUCUGGAGCCAGAGCAGGGCUGGUGCUCAGGUCCUGCAUGCUGGCUCCCGCCAAGUCUGGGGACCAUACCUGUUCCAGCCUCUGUCCCCAGGGAGGGGCAGGGGAGCUGCGGUGGGGGAGCAGUGGGGCAAGGCUCCUGAGACCCAGCGCUGGGACCGACAGGCGGACAGACGCAGACACCAGACUGAAGCACAUGUAAUAUAGACCGCGUAUGUUUACAAUGUUGUGUAUAAAUGAGACGACUCCUCACCCCUGCCCCACCCCUGCCCCUUUGGCUGUAUGAUUUUCUGUCCUUUUUUUCCUUUUUUUUUUUUUUUUUUUUUUUUUUUUAAGAACCCCUGGAAGCAGUGCCUCCUUCGGGGCUGGCUGGGGGCUCGGCCCAUCCUCCCGAGGGUGCCUGUGUCUCCCUGUCCCGUGGCGUCCCUUCCUUCUCCCGUGUGCUCGGUGUUCAGUGGUGUAUAUUUCUUCUCCCAGACCAGGGGCAACUGCCCCAAGGGACACGAUCCUCUCCUUAGUCUUAGCUCAUGGGGCUCUUUGUAAGGAGUGGGGGCGGGGCAGAAAACGGAACCGAGCUGAAGCAGAGGCCGCAGCUGGGGCUGGCCAGAGGCUCCCCCGGCUGCCCAGGCCUCUGCUGAGAGCCGGGCCUGGGAGUAGAGCUGCUCUCCCGGGACAGGUGCUGCUCCGCCACCUCUCCCAGGGCCCGUGGUGUGAUGCUGUGUCUGUAUAUUCGAUACAAAGGGACAUGUUCUUGCCCUUUGUAAACUACAUUUGACAUGGAUUAAACCAAUAUAAACA